CAUUUCUUCCACUGAUCAAGAUACUUAUUCAUUGGUUACAUUUUGAGCCCAUUGUCCUCAUUUGUUGUACAGUUGUUUAUUGUACAAUAUUCUAAUAUGAAGUCUUAGUCUUUAAGUUAUAUAGGUAUUAGAAUUAUAGAUCAAUAGUCAUCUAUGUUUGUCAUACUUAUAGUUAGAAUAAUCAGGUUUUUCACACACAUAAAGAAUAUAUUUUGCAUAGAUAGGUAAUCUUCAGCCACUUCAAAGAGCUGUAAAAUAUGGAAUUUAAAUAAUCUAGGGUCCUGUUGAAGUGAGACACGAUUACUACUGGUAGCAUUGAUCUAUUUUCCGGAGAAUGUUGAGCACCAAAGACACUUGGAGCUUGUUUUCUUGUUGUCAAAACUGGUCUUUGGGCAAAGACAUGCUCAUGCCUCAACCUCUGAGAAAAUACAUGGUAUCCAAAAAUGGAUAAGCAGUUCUGUUAAAUCUUGACUGGCAUUCAUCUCAGAGACAAAUAUACCCACCUCUGUUUGCUGAGUAUUGUGGUAAAGGCAAAAUACACCAAUAUGCCAAGUUUGUCCAUCAUUUUUUUUCCUUUCUGUAGGCAUUAAUUUUCUCAUGCAUAUAAUAUACUGUUGAUCUUUUCUCUUUUUCUCUCCCUGUGAAUAGAUACUGUUCUUAUAAGGUGGUAUCCUAUACAACGGACACAGAAAUAAGAGAAUUGAUUCUUCUUUUCAAUUUCCUUCUAAAGUAACUGUCUAUGUCAUGGAACAAAAAUGUGGAACACCAGAAUCAUAAAACUAUACUUUUUUAUAUCAAAGAAGUAUGCAGUUCACUGUCAUACUUACAUUGUACUCAUGUAUGUUGUAUUUUUGAAGGCAGUGACCUAUGAUGAUGUGCACAUCAACUUUACUAAGGAAGAGUGGGAUUUACUGAAUCCUUCCCAGAAGAAUCUCUACAAGGAUGUGAUGCUGGAAACCUACAGGAACCUAACUACUAUAGGAUACACUUGGGAAGACCUUAACACCGAAGAGCAUUGUCAAUGUUCUAGAAGACAUGCAAGGAUUGAAAGAAAUCAAACUGGAGAGAAGUUUUCAGUAUAUUCUCACUGUGGUAAAGUCUUGUCUUAUAACUCUUAUCUCCUAAGGAAUGAAAAAACACAUAGCGGAGAAAAAUGCUUUGAAAUUAAGCGAUGUGAUGAAGUCUUUUCUUAUCACAAUCAUCUUGAAAUGCAUAAAAGAACACACACUGGAGAGAAACCCUAUGAAUAUGGUCAAGAUGAUAAAGACUUUCUUCUUUAUGAAACUCAUCAACGUCAUAAACGAACACAUACUGGAGAGAAACCCUAUGAAUGUAAUCAGUGUGGUAAAGCCUUUGCACAUCACAGUCAUCUUCAAAGCCAUAAAAGAACACAUACUGGAGAGAAACCUUAUGAAUGUAAUCAGUGUGGUAAGGCCUUUGCACAACAAAGUACUCUUCAAAGCCAUAAAAGAUCACAUACUGGAGAGAAACCCUAUGCAUGUAAUCAGUGUUGUAAGGCCUUUGGAUGUCACAGUAAUCUUCAAAGGCAUAAAAGAACACAUACUGUAGAGAAACCCUAUGAAUGUAAGCAGUGUGGUAAGGCCUUUGCACACCACAGUAAUCAUCAAUUGCAUAAAAGAACACAUACUGGAGAGAAACCUUAUGAAUGUAAUCAUUGUGGUAAGGCCUAUGCAUGGCACAGUGAUCUUCAAAGGCAUAAGAGAACACAUACUGGAGAGAAACCCUAUGAAUGUAAUCACUGUGGUAAGGCCUUUGUUCAACAUGGUAAUCUUCAAAGGCAUAAAAGAACACAUACUGGAGAGAAACCCUAUGAAUGUAAUCACUGUGGUAAGGCAUUUGCAGCUCAGAGUAGUCUUCAAAAUCAUAAAAGAACACAUACUGGAGAAAAACCCUAUGAAUGUAAUCAUUGUGGUAAGGCCUUUGCACGUCAUGGUCAUCUUCGAGUGCAUAAAAGAACACAUACCGGAGAGAAACCCUAUGAAUGUAAUCAGUUGAUAAGGCCUUUGAACACCACAAUAAUCUUCAAACCCAUAAAAGAACACAUACUGGAGAAAAACCAUAUGAAUGUAAGCAGUGUGGUAAGGCCUUUGCAUGACAUAAUCAUCUACAAUUGCAUAAAAGAACACAUACUGUAGAGAAACCCUAUAAAUGUAAUCAGUGUGGUAAGGCCUUUGCACACCACAAUAAUCUUCAAAGCCAUAAAAGAACACAUACUGGAGAGAAACCCUGUGAAUGUAAGCAGUGUGGUUAGGCCUUUGCUCAGCGUGGUGCAGAUGUAUAGAAGAACACAUACUGGAGAGAAACUGAAUGAUAUCAGUGUGAUAAGGCCUUUGCAGACCCCUGUACUCCUAAAAGGCUUAAAAUGUAAUAUACUCUAGAGAUACCUGUGAAUCGAAUGUGGUAAAUUCUUUUUCACAAUCACCUCCAUAUAUGUAAUAUGAGCCCUUCUGUAGAGAAACCCUGAAGUUAAUUUGUGUAUUUUUCAAAAACAUGAAAAAAAAUUUAUACUGUAGUGAAACUGUAUAAAUGAAUUCAGUGUCAUAAUGUUUUGUGCUUCAUAUAAGAGUAAGACUUUGUGUGUAGUCAUCUGAGAAAGCUUGUGCAUAUUAUCAUAAUCUUUUGGACCCGAGGAAAAAACUGGCGGCUUAUUUUAAAUUGUUCUUUCAGAUGUUAAGCCACUUAUAUUCAGUUAACCAAAAUCAGUUAUUGUGUAGAAAAAAGUUUCAUAAUGUCAACAACUUGUUUAUGCAUCA